GAAAAUAAACUCAAUAGUAUUACUAUAAAAUAAAAAAGUUUAGACCUGUAAAAAAUGAAAUGGACAGUGCAUAUUGAAGGGGGUCCUAGGAGGGUCAACCAUGCAGCUGUAUGCAUUGGAGACCUGAUAUAUUCUUUUGGUGGUUACUGCUCAACAGAGGAGUACAAAGAUUGGGAUCCUAUUCCAGUGCAUGUCUUGAAUACAAAUUCUCUUCGGUGGAAGUCAGUUAGCUGCACGAAACGAGAUAAAGGCAUACCCUUGCCCUUUCAAAGAUAUGGGCACACAGCUGUUGCAUAUGGAGACAAGGUUUACAUGUGGGGUGGAAGAAACAAUGCUGUAGCAUGUGACACCUUGUCUUGUUUUGAUACAAAGACGUUGGAGUGGACCACACCAAAAGUGACUGGCAUGGUGCCAUAUGCCAAAGAUGGGCAUUCAGCUUGCAUUAUUAAGAAAAAGAUGUACAUUUUUGGAGGAUUUGAGUAUAUCUUUGACCAAUACUCACAAGAUGUUCACUGCUUGGACUUAGAAACUAUGCAAUGGAGCUAUGUUAAUACCCGUGGGGUUCCUCCCUGCCAUCGGGACUUUCACACUGCUGUUGCAUAUGGUGACAGGAUGUAUAUUUAUGGAGGCAGGGGAGAUAUAAACAGUCCAUAUAACUCUGAUGAAGAAAUGUACUGCCCACAAGUUUAUUACCUUGAUGUAGUUACUGAAACAUGGGUUAAUGUGAAUGCCACAGGUACAUUGCCAGAGGCUAGACGCAGUCACUCUGCUUGGUUAUACAAGGAACACAUGUAUAUUUUCGGUGGAUUAAAUGCAAAAACAAAGACACAUUUCAAUGACUUACACAGAUAUUCAAUAAAUGGGAACUAUUGGGAGAAACUGAAUGUUAGUGGCAUUGGUCCAUGCCAGCGGAGGCGUCAAGCGUGUUUGAAUUAUGAAGACAAAGUUUAUCUAUUUGGAGGAACAAGCCCUUGUACACUCAACAAUUAUAUCAGACCAUUUGAUGACUCUUACGAUAGCCCGGAGAGAUUGAUUGACAACAGUGAUUUGCAUGUGCUGGACUAUGCACCAACAUUAAAGACAUUGGCCAUAUUAGCUGUUCUAGAGCACGACUUGGAUCUUACCUCACUACCACAGGAUAUUAUACUUGACAUAAGAACAAUGACAUUACCAAAUCGCAUCAGCAGACCUAUCAACCAGUCUGGAUGACUCUUGCUAUAUUAAGGCUCCCACACAAGGCGAGCCUUAACCCAACGCGGCUAAACUAGCAAACCUCUUUAAUCUGUCUGUUUAAAUAAAAAAGGAUUUUGUUCAUAUAAGGUAGGUUAAAGGCAUAAUAAUGUUACACUUUUGUUAAAAAUGGUUUACGUUUUGAUCCCGCAAUGUGCAUCCCAUGUAUUACGCUAUAUCAGGGGUCAGCAUAAUCUGAUUUCAAAAAAGGAAUCCUCUAAUUUCAAACCGCCAUUUUGUUAAUUUCAAUACUCGCACCUCUACUCUAUUAAGGUAAGAGUCUUUUUCGAGAAUUUAACUUAUCUAUAUUAUAUGUAAAUAUUCUACUAAGAGGGUAACCAUUUAUAUGUCUUAAGCAUUUCUUAUUGAAAUACUUUCAUGUAUGUGCUUUACGAGGUUUGAUAGUUUAGCCAUUCUAGUCUUCGUUUAAGUAAAUUUUGUGUAGCUUUUCGCUGCAGGAAGUGAUUGGCGAUGCGUUGGGGCUAUGUCACUUCAGGGUCAGAGAUAACCCACUACUAACUUAGUAGAUCUAAAUUAGAAUAAUUGGUUGUAUGCCCAAAACUUACAUUGCGUUGUGAAGAAAAGCUUUUAAGUAGGUAUUCUUCCUUAUGUCUAUUUGAUAACUGACUGACUAGAGUUUGAUGUUCAAGUACGGGAUAUAACUGUAAUUAUACAAACAUUUUUUUAGCUGAGGACAUGUUUUUAGAAGUGUUUGAGAUAUACCCGAGAACAAAGUAUGUCCUAAAUACAAUGACCGUGAUGUGUAAUAUAUUGAUUUACUAUACUACAUUUGUUAAGUUGAUUCUUUAACGUUAAUAGUUUUGCACUUGUACAAUAAUACAACGAUACAUGGUUGAGUAAAAAAUUUACGAAUGCUCUCGGCCUGUUAUUGCAUGCUGCAUGCAUGCAAGUUGCAUACUUACAAUAAAACUAGCAACUUUUGUUCAACUUUUUUUUUAACUCGAUAGUUUGUGAAAUAUAAAAUACAUAGAUACUCUUUUUGUUACUGCUCUAAAAUAUAACAUUGGCACACGACUAUCGUGCGGCACUGACCCGACCACGCGACGUCGUCGAAUGUAGUCGUGAAAUGUCACUUUUCAGAAACAACGUUUUUUUGAAGUAAAACUUCUUCUUUUUUUUUCUGACGGACUUUUACGUCAGACGUCUGUGUAGUUUCCGCUAUUUAAAAAUAAUAA